GCGCAACUCGAUUUGCGUCGGCGUAUGAGCUCUUCGCCGCUGUGAUCAGCCUCGUUUCUCCAGUCGCCAUAUCACAUUAAUUCCAUCUUAUUUUACUGCCUAAUACCAUAUCUCGACCAUGUCUUCAAGUCAACCACAGACAAAUGGCGUGCCCGCGUCAUCUGCCAACACAUCUCAAACAGUUCCCAACACCCAGACAACGACUGCGAGCCAACCUCCCGCCGCCGCCGCUUCGUCCUCUCAAUCUGCACAGCCGUCUACUCAUCAGCAGCCCUCUUCGGCGCCUAGGCCGCGCGACUCACGACUGGUCGAGCUUCUGCUUACCUCUCAAGGCGUCACAUCUUACGAACAGCGGGUACCCCUCUUGCUCUUGGAUUUCGCCUACCGACAUACCUCAUCCGUUCUCAGCGACGCAUUGCAUCUCACGGGCGACCCGUACAUUACGCAAGCCGGCUCUAAGCCAUCUGGCGCUGCGGGAGGGGCCAUGGCCGCCCCGUCCAGCGAUGCCAGCGUCAGCGCCAACGCCGUGAAGGUGGCUAUUGCUGCUCGCCUGGGCUACCAAUUCCGCGGAGGAAGCAGUGGGGGCGGCAUUAGCAAGGAAUAUAUGCAGGAGCUGGCCCGAGAGCGAAACAAGGUCGCCUUGCCAAAGAUUGUGCCAAACGAAUGGGGCGUCCGGCUACCCAGCGAGAGAUUUGUUCUUAGUGGGACAGGCUGGGGUCUCAAGGACGUAUGGGGUGAGGAGGGUGCAGAUGACGACGAUGAU